AUGUGGUGGACACAAAGCCAGUCUCCCUGGUUCCGAUUCAUCGUCACCGGCUCUCUCCUCUCGCUAACCCUCAUCACAUUCCUCGUCUUCGGCAUCCGAGAAUCCGAUGAUGUCGUCAAAUAUGUCGUGAAGACUCCUAUCAAACAGACCCCGCAGGAAUGUCCCCCACCUGCGCCGUUAUCAUCGAAUAACGCGAGCUGGGAGUUUGCGGUCGAGCGUGAUGGGAAUAACCAUGGGCUUUCCGAUGAGCAGUGUCACAUUGCUUUCCCGAAGCUGUUUGUGGAGAUCGACAAGUCUGCGUCUUGGAGGAGGGAGAAUGAUAAGCGGAUUACGUUUAAGGAUUUGGAGAGUCGGACGGUGGAGGAUGGGAUGGUGAGAGGGAUGAUUGUUCAGGGCGAGUUGUAUAUUAUCGAUUUCGCAAAGAUGCCUGUGACCUACUCGCGGGCCAAGGCAACGUUGAACUCUCUGCAUCGUGCGUUGAUGGCAUUUCCUGAGCGGCACAAUCUCCCCGACAUCGAAUUCAUCUUUACAUCGGAAGACUUCAGCGAUGGCCAAGGGCCAGUAUGGUCGUAUUCCAAACGAGACGAGGACGAGAGUGUAUGGUUGAUGCCAGACUUUGGAUACUGGUCAUGGCCCGAGGUCAUGAUCGGUCCGUACAACAGCAUCAGACAAAGGAUUGCCGUCAUCGACGAAGGCGAGACGACGCCGGGUGGUAAAUCUGUUCCUGCACUUCGCUUCCAGGAUAAGAAGAAGCAGCUUGUCUGGCGAGGAAGCAUCGCGACAAACCCUGAGGUUCGCAGUAAACUGCUGAAAUCGUCGUUAGGGAACAGCUGGGCCAGCAUCCGGGUGAUCGACUGGGACGACGAGAACGAUCUUCGAUACAAUCUACUGCCUAUGGAGGAGCAUUGUCGAUACAUGUUCCUGGCUCAUGCAGAAGGACGCAGCUUUUCGGGUCGCGGCAAGUAUCUUCUCAACUGUCGCUCGGUGGUCAUCUCGCACAAACUGGUCUGGCGAGAGGCUCAUCAUGCCGCUCUCGUCUCUUCUGGUGCUGAUGCCAAUUACGUCGAAGUCGAGCGUGACUUUUCUGAUCUCAGCCGGAAGAUGGAGUUUCUCAUCGACAACCCCGAGACAGCUGAACGCAUUGCGAACAAUGCAGUCAAGACUUUCCGGGAUAGAUAUCUCACUCCUGCUGCCGAGUCUUGCUACUGGCGUCAUCUGGUCCGGCAGUAUGCUUCUGUCUCUGACUUUGAGCCGGUUCUAUAUAAUACCCAGCCGAAUGGGAGGAAGGAGAUGCGUGGGACACCAUUUGAGUCUUGGGUUCUUACAAAGUCCUAG